AUGGCGUUUGCCAUACACAUCCCCACCACCACCACCCCCUUCCUCCGCCGCAAGCCCGCUCUCCGUGCGCCCCUUCCCCCCCGCAAUCCCCCUCAACGUGUCACAAUGCAUCGGUGCUCCCCCCUUUCAACCCUCGGCCUAGCCGUCGGCCUCGCCUUCUCCGUCCACUUCUCCGCCGCCGACUCCCCCGCUCACGCAGCCAUGAUCAGCCCGCCGGCCCCCAUCGCCGCCUUGCUACACCACCCCUUCAGCCCCCCCAGCGACACCCUCCACGUCAGCGCUGCGGGCCCCAGCGGCGUCCUCACCACCCCCUCCGACCUGACAGACCGCCCUGUGAGCGAUUUGAAGCCCCUCCACCGCACAUACGACCACCUCAAAGACGAAGCCUCGCCUCCCGAGAAGAAGCCCCUGAGCCAGCGCAUCUCCGACAAGCUCCGCUCGCGUGGGCUGCCGGACGAGCUGGUCGUCUUCCUAGUAUCUGCGCUGCCCGCCGUCGAGCUGCGCGCGGGCAUCCCGGUCGGCUUUGUGCUCAACAUGCACCCGCUCAAGACCCUGCUGCUGGCCGUGUUGGGCAACCUGGCCCCCAUCCUCCCACUCAUGCUCAUCCUGCGCGUGCGCUUCGUGCAGGCGCUGGCCGCGCGCGUCCUGGACAGGGCGCGGAAGAAGGCCGCCGCCGUGGGGAAUGCAAACUCCCGCGCCGUCGCGCUCGCGCUGUUCGUCGGCGUCCCGCUCCCGGGGACUGGCGCGUGGACGGGGUCGCUCGUCGCUUUCGUGCUCGGCAUGCCGUUCGGGCAGUCGUUUGCCGCGCUGGCGGCAGGCGUGGUUAUGGCCGCAAGUAUCAUGACCGUGCUUUGCGCGCUGGGGAAGGUUGGGGCGUUGGUUGCGGGGACGCUGUUGGUCGGGAUGGGCGUUUCGUCGGUUUUUAGGGGUGGCGUUGGGGCAAGUGAGGACGAGGGGAAGAGUGAGGAGGCUGUAGAGGGUUCGUGAUUGAUCAACUUACGCUGCAUAGCUUGAGCGAACCGUUUGAGCGAACUUGGACCGAUGGAAGGGAGCGGUAUGUAUUGGUAAUAGGGGACCCCUGUGAGCUCUGAUCUUUUAUAGCUGUUCACGUAAACAAAUGCGACGAUGGUAA